ACCUCCACCUCAACCUCAAGCUACCCCACCUGGCGUCGCCUCGCCUCGCCUCGCCUUGUGAAAUUUGUCCCACCCAGUCCAGUCUGAAAAAGAAGAGGCGAGAACGAAGAGUCUAGUACGGUCCAAUUCUUCGUGCGUCGUGCGUCGUGCGUCGUGCGUCGUGCGUCGUGCAUCGUGCGUCGUGCGUCGUGCGUCGUGAGUAUGAGUAUAAGAUGAGAUUGGGAUCGAAAUGGGAAUGAUAUGGAGUGGGAAUGGGGAUUGAAAUUGCUAUGGGUAGCACUAUUUACACAUGUCUAAGGAGCAAAAACUACAACAGCAGCAGCAGCACCAGCAGCACCAGCAGCAGCAGGAGUAGCAGUAGUAGGGUACUAGAGGGAGGAAGAGGAGGCGGAGGUAUAGGAGAGGUGCACGACGACAAGUCUGCGAUGACAGACAGACAGACUGGUCUGCAAGCAUCGGAUCGUUACAGGAGGAUCGUGAGCAGGCGGAAAGAGGAAGGUCCAUCGAGUCCUCAUGGGAAUAUCGUCCGCGUCCGGAUCCUGGUUGGUAUCGUAUCACUUGCGGCUAGUGUCCCUUACAGUAGGCGAGCUAAGCUAGAGCGCCUGCGGCUCCCAGCUGAGGGGUCUGUCCGGCGUCCCGCGACCUGUGCCAGGGGGGUAUUGUCCAUCAUUCCACUGCUGCUGUCCUUGUCCUGGUCUCAAUGGCUGUCCGUACUGACUCUGCUGCUGCUGCUGGUGCUGGUAAUAGUCAUUCGGCUGAUAGCUCAUCGACUGGUAGGCCUGUCCGCCCUGCGAAGGCGUUUGUCCUGUCGGUCUCGCUCGAUCGUAGCCCGAAUGAUGAUCAUAGCCCUGACUCUGGCUCUGAGUUUGACCUUGUGUGAGCCCUCCACUCGCCCACUCUCUACUGGUCCUGCUAGGGUAUUGCUGCUGGUAUUCCUGCGCUGCUGGCUGGUAAUUGGCGUACGCGUGCCCAGGGGGAGUCUGAUACUGCUGCUGCUGGGGCUGGGCGGCGUACCGCCCAUUACCAUUUUCCCCAGACACGCCUUGCAUGUAAGGCUCUUCAUCGUAGCGCGCAGCACGCCCGCCAUUGGCAGGCAGAUAGUAAUCUUGUGCAGAAGGCUGGGCAGACGCAGGGGUAUACUGAUGGUCUUGCCUCUGAGGAUAUCCGUAGUACUGAGCUGCAGCUGCUGCUGCUCCUGCGGGAAGGGGAGGCGCCUGCUGAGGCUCCCUUUGCUUGGACUGCUCAUGGGUGAGCGAAGUUGAUGAGCGAGAGGAGCCGAAACCACUCCUGUCGUGGUCGUUGACCUUGGCGCCCGGCAUGAGGUGUACACCCUCGUCGUCGUACCUGGAUUGAUCAAC